GAUUUUAACAUUUAUACUUCUUUGACAGACUGCUUGAAAUAAAAGAAUUUUAAAUGCGUUGUUUAUAAUAAAGCUGGCAAUAUAACGGUGUGUUCACAGAUUGAACUGUGUAAAGUUAGGAUUCACGACAGAUUAUCGUCUGACGGAUUAUCUCUGGGAGUCGUAACCAUAAUAAGGAUUUACUUAUGAGCCGGAUAAUUUAAGUUCAUUUCAAUCUAUUGUGGAAAUGUAAAAUCACUUUAGUUAGUUAUGUUAUUUUAACAAAUUAUUUUUAAUUUUAUUGAGACGAGGUGUUUUGGAAUACCAGUUACAAUUUGUGAUACACAAUGAGAUUAUUUCAGUCACACACGUUACUGGAGGCAGCUGUGGAGCCUGCUCCUUCGUUUUUGAGGGAUCCGACACGUGAACAUUUGAAAACAUUGGUGCAUUACAGGGAUGCCAGAAACAGAUUGCCGACACCAGAUAAAGUCGCCAUCAUGGAUCUGUCGCAUAGUUUUGAAAAGAGGCGAUUAGGAAAACAGCAACAGAUUCUGUCCGAAAUGAACCAACGGUGCCGAGAACAAGAGGUAUCUGACAUGUCGUCAAAACUAUCAGCAAAGUGUAGUUUAAGUCCUUCAGAAAACAAAAGUAAAGAAGUAACAUUUUAUUCUACAAACUUUAUGACAAAACCAAAACAAAGGACGUAUGUGGGAGCAGUGGAUGUUGUAGACCCUCGGAGUUUGUCGCCCACCAGUACAAAUACUCCUGGGGUUUAUGAAAAAACAUACAAACAUUUUCCAGCACGACGUGUCAUUAAAAAUCAAGGAAAGUUUGACUUUGUCAGGUCACCUAUUCAGUUUGAACGACCACCUCGGAUAUCACCAGUACUUUUCAAGAAGAACAAUCCUGUGCACUCUAGUACGGACUCAUUGCAGAAAGCCCGAUUAAUGCAAAAUCAACGUAUUAACGGAACGAUACAACUGGAACAUUAUACCCCACGUAUGGACGGGUUAGCCCCCCUUGUUCUGCCUACAAUUGAUACAGGAUAUCCAACAGACACACGUGUAGAAUCUAUUUCUGCGUCUAGAGUCCAGCUCGGAUCACGAACAAUAACAAACCAAGGACCGGACAGCAUUAUGACAAAUAGUACUAAAACGAACAAAAGUAGUACAAGACUGUCCAAACAUUCUAAAAGUAUGAAAAAUGAAAAAUCCGAACUUCAAAGUAUUGUUGCAAAAAGUGGAAGUUCACCACCCCCGAAUUCUACGGAACAAAAUCAGGAGUGAUAUAGUUUUUGGUGGAAUUUUCUACUAUACGGCAUUUUGAUACAGACCAUAUAAACUUAAAAUUUAUUGGGAUUUACACGUUAAAUCAAAAUUCCAUAUUGACAGAUAGGUAUAUACAUAUUUUACAUAUCUUUUAAUGAUACGCAAGUGUUAAUAGUUUGAGAAGUCCAGAUAAUUCGAAUUUAAUUUAAUCAGACUAUAUCUGAAACAUUUAUGUUGAAAAAUCCUAUAUUCAGAAUAAUCCUUGGUGUAAAUAUACAGAGUAAAGAAGAAAAAUUAAAACAUACGUGAUGAU